ACUAGGUUAAACAUAUCACGUGUAUGUUUAAAAAAGAAUUAAAUUUUCAUUAGUUCCUUCCAUUUUAGACAUGCAUUUGCUCUGGCUGCAUUUAUUUUUCCAUUUAUUCAUCUUAAUCAAUGCAUACGAAAAUAUUGCUCUGAGGAAACCAGCAUGGCAGCGUUUUCCCUAUAGCGGUCGACAUUGGUGGGGAGCAGAUCGUGCUGUGGACGGACGGUAUUCAGACCUAUCUCAAUAUGACAACCAGUGUACAAUAUCCGGGAAUUAUCACCAAGUUGCAGAAUGGAGGGUGGAUCUCCAAGAAGUCCUUAGCAUGCAUCAUAUUGUUAUAUACUAUAGGACGGACAAUGAGCCUUGGGGAAAUCCUAGUGAAUACUCGGGACGAUUUUUGGGGUUCUCUGUCUACGUAUCAAACACAACGAACAAAGAGGACGGGAUUACUUGCUUCAAAGACAGAAACUUUACUAGAGCAACAAUAGAGAAUCCUUUAACGAUAAAUUGCCCUAAUCAUGGACGUUACGUCAUCUACUAUAACAAUAGAACACAGCCCCCGUUUCCUUCUGGCUAUUCUACAGAUGGAGCAUACAACGAAAUCUGCGAAUUUGAGGUUUAUGGUUGCCCAACACAAGGAUAUUACGGAGAGAACUGUUCUUUAUCGUGUCCACAGAACUGCCAGGAAGGUCACUGUCACAUCGAGGAUGGGUCCUGUCUGGGGUGUACUGAUGGAUACAAGGGUCCAACUUGUAAUGAACAAUGCCACGGCAAAUCGUACGGUCAAGAGUGUCAGCAAAAUUGUGGAAACUGUAAAAACAAUGAACAGUGUCAUCAUGUGAACGGAAGUUGUAUAAACGGUUGUGGCAGUGGAUUUUAUGGCACAAAAUGUGACCUAACCUGCCCUGAAAGUCGAUAUGGCUACUAUUGUGAGGAGCACUGUAACAUCAACUGUGGAGUUCCAUACAGAUGUGACAGGGUGACAGGGCAGUGUGAGGGAGGAUGCCAAGUUGGUUGGGAAGGGGCCACGUGCAAUACACAAUGUAAUGAAGGAAAGUUUGGUCAAAAUUGUAACCAUUCGUGUGGACAUUGUCUUGACAAUGAACAAUGUAAUUACAUCAAUGGUACAUGUCCCAAUGGAUGUGAUAUUGGUUAUCAAGGAAGUCAAUGUACACAGGUUUGCAGUAAUAAUACACAUGGAGAUAGAUGUUUGCUUAAAUGUGGGAACUGUUUAUAUCUGUACGGAGAACAAUGUCAUCACGUGACUGGUCAAUGUCCACGAGGAUGUGACAUUGGCUACCAUGGCGAUCGAUGUGACCAGGGUGUUGAAGGUUUAAUUCAUCCUGUAUCUGAGAGCCAAUUAUCCACUUCACUCUAUGUCUGUACGACAUUUCUUAUCUUAAGUGGAUUACCAAAUGCCAUUUUUGUUGUCAGAUUUCUCAGAGAACGAAGAAAGACAAUGCACGAACAUCAAAAGAACUUGAAAAGUGAAAGUGAAAGGAACAAAGAGUUGGAUCACUCAAUGCCUAUCCCCGAGUGUUCGCACAAUCAAUAUGAAAACUUCUCUCUGUAUGAGGAACUUGGGAUAUCUAAAUAGAAUAAUACUUGUUCUUGCCUUUGAAAAAAAACCUUUGCUGCGCAAAAAAAGCCCCCCCCCCCCCCGAUGCCUACCUGCCUGAAAUAUUAAAGAUGUUUUUAUAUUAUUCGAAUGAAGAACUAUUUUCUCCGAACAAUAAUAUGGUGAUGGUGAUUGUAAAGUUAUUCCAUCAAGCAAAUUUACCUUAAUCCAAAACAGGGAAAAUAAAAUUGAGAAGUAUUCAAACUGUAAUCAAAUUUGAUCAAUUUUAAGCCAUCAUGUCUUUUAAAAGUAUGCAGCAUUCGUUAAAUAUCAUUUGAUAAAAACGAUAAAAACAAUCUUUUUCUUAAAAAAAAAACAUUAAAAAUUAAGAAAAUACAAUUCAAGUUUGUUUAUAAAAUAUUCGUUGUAAAUUUAUCCAUGGUAAGGAUCCAAAGACUUGUAUUAUUUAAGCUGCCCUUAAUUAUAACGUGAAUUUCAUUCUCUUUUUAUAAAUUUUGGAUUGUCGUCCUUAGAACAGUUUCUGUUAUUUUCUGUUUCUAGGUCCCGAUAUAGUUUUUGUUAUUAAUCUUUACACUUGGAAAUAUUGCUUUCAUUAUUACUUUAAGAGGUACUGUUUCAAAGCUUACAUGCAUUUUUUUGUUUACUGUUAUUCCUUUCCUGUAUGGUUUUUAUUUGUUAAAACAGUUAUUUGACAGCGGGUUUUUUUUUAUCACCUUGUGUUGCCGCAACAGUCGAUCAAUUUCAAAUCAUUGCCAAUUAUGACCGAAAUGAUUUUGGAUACCUUUUAAAUUUCAUUAAGCAAAGAAUCAAUUUCUGACAGUCUUAUGUACUGUAUUUAAUGAUACAUGUAUUUUAUAUUUAAAUUGAAAUAUCGUUUGGGUAGUCACAGCAAUGUUUUUGACAUUCAUUUAUAUAUUUAGUAACUUGCUUAAUGGUAUUUUGUCUUUUGUGUAUUACUGUGAUGUCAUUGAUAUUCAAGGGUAUCAAUUUUCGUGGAUAAAGUGAAAAUCACAGUUUCAAGGAUACGUAAAUUCGUGGCCAAUGACCAUAUCAACACAAAAUAUUUAUUGAAAUUGCAUUUCAAUGAACAUUAUAUUUCCUGGAUCAGCUCAACAACAGAAUCCACGAAAAUUGGUAUUCAACGAUCAUUGAUGAAAUCACAAUUUAUUAUUCGUAAUUUCUUUAACAUACAUUUCUAAUAAUGCUUUUAUUCAUGUAAUUUGUACACGCCGUUCCCAAUUCUUCACACAGGGAAAAACUUUGCAUUUUUAUUACAAAAAUCAUUGACUUAGUCUGCCCUCCUUAGAAUCUUCAAACACAAUAUAUGUAUAUCUGUAUGCAGUUAGCUAAUUAUGUAUAUAUGUCACUUUACUUGUAUUUCCUUUUUGUACUGUAACACAAUAUCCUCUGACGUCAUUUGAACAUUGUAUAUUUUUUCUGAGCCUCAGAUACCAUCUUUAGUAUGACCAUAGUGAAUAAAGUGAACUUGAAUUUGAACUACACCUAGAAACCUAUUUUUCUUUUGCACUUAUAUAUUAUUACAAAGGCUAUGCAUAUCGGAUUUAAACUUGUUACACCUAUUUUUCACUAUUCGAAUGUGCUAUGUUGUAACGUAAACAUGAUUUACUAAGUACAGAACAGACAACAUUUUUUAUUAUAAUCAUAACUUACAAAAAUAGUUCAAAACUUGGCUUCUAUGGUCAAACUAAAUAAUUCUGAAGUGAUAGUUACAGCAUUAAGAUAAAAAUGAAAUGUAUUUUUAAUUAUGUUGUGUAAACAUUUAAUCGAUAUCAUUUCAUAAAUUAUAGUUGAAAUGUACAUUUGUUCGUUUGCCAGUCAUGCAAAGUCUGUGGCAACGGACUUUAAAAUAUUACGCAUUCUGACUUGUUACAAAAUCAGCUCAUAUUGGCUUCUCUUUUCAAGGUGAGUUAAGUUUGGGACCAAAUCAGACCACUUUGAUCUUUUUUUCAAAGACAAUAAUGAGUGCAAACAUUCAUAUCUUUUUCAUUUUCUAUUUAUUGAUGUCGCAUUUAUUCAGAAUAAGUUUUUUUUUAUAACCGUGUUAAAUCUGCUCUAUAGAUACGACAUCCAAUGAUACAGUCAAAUUACCAAUAUAUUAAUCAAAUAAUCAAAUUGAGUACCUGAAGAAUGCAACCGCAUCUUUUCUUCCCAAACAUCAUAUCAUAUUCUUGAACUUUGAUAAAAAAAAAGUUUAGUCAUAGAAAAAUAAAUUGAUCAAUGCAAUCAAAAGCCUUUUCCAUGUUCUUAUGAGUUUCUAGUCAUAAAACCACUUCUCACAUUUAAUCUUAACAAAUUAUUUUGAUGUAAAAAGUAAGGUAGCUACAUGUACAGCUGUUAAAUUAACUAGUUCAUAAAAGGCAUUUGAGAAUGCACUUUUUGCAUUGAUUUUCAAAAAAUAUAUCAGAUUAAAACUGUAUUGAAUAAAGAUAUUGAUUAUAAAAUAUACAAAGAAUUAUAAAACACAAAAAAGGGAAAAAAAAGAAAAGACAUGAUGGUUACUCUGCGCAAUUGAUGUGAUAUUUUGACAACAGAU